UGAAGUGUGUGCUCAUGCAGUAGUCUAUGAACGAUUGGCCUGCCUUGCUCUUGCAUCUAGUGUCAUUUGACAACUAUAAAACAUGCGCUGCCUAGCCUCGAGGUUGAGAACUAGUUUAUGUGUGCUCCGUCACACAGCACUUUCCAGCAGGUUAUACAGACAAAUUGUUCGUAUGAUAGCUCAGAACUUACCAGAAUGUCUUGCAAACCCCUUAGCUCUGUGAGAUAUUAAUACAUGAUGUCUCCAAAGUCAUUACGAUACACCAGCAGCUGCAGCAAGCCAUCCGCAUCCUGUGCUCACCUGCCAUCUCACUACCAGCACAGACAUCUUCGAUUUCGGGACGUGCCGAGCAAGCGCCAGUUCGUCUGCCGAACAUAUCAGAUACCGUCUGACCACCUCCUCCAAAGGCUCGUUUGUGUACCUUUGAGCUGUCAUGUCAUCAAAUAUAUGCAGCAGUCAGAGUGAUGAUGUAUGCAGCUGGGCUCGCGACGAUGAUCGAUGAGCACUCGGUAUUACAACACAGAACCAAUACCAAGGCAGUGUUGCCGAAGGUCGUCGUGUUCUCGGCUACUCAAGAAGCGACAAGAAGCGAUAUCCCCGCGAAGCCCCGUCGCGCCGGCGCUACCCCGAAAAUAGAGUGUAGCAAAAGUUGGGGGAUUUUGGGGUUGGACAUGGUGCAUAAUCCUAGCGUCGACCAUGUCCUUGGUCUUGAAUCGCAAACCUCCACUUUCCCCUGAUCCCAUGUGACGACCUUCCCAACGACUUCGACUCCCGAUAUCAUUGCCGUCCGAAGCCCCCCGGGGUGAUCCCGAAUCCUCGCACGCUGGGUAAGCUUGUUUGUCCCGGCCAAGUGGUGGGGUCCCCGCCUUUUGUGGUUCUGCGCGGGGCCAAAAUUCGAGCCGAAGUGGGAGGGGUUGACCACGAGGUUGGUUGCGGUAGCGGACGCCAUCGCGGGGACAGCACACGACACGAUGCCGUCCGACAGUAGAGGGGUGGUGGUCAGCAACAAGCUGGAGAUGGGACAUUGGGAAUUCAUCAAGAAAUGGCGGAAUCUGAUCAGACAGACGUUGCUUCAAGUCAACUUUGUGCCAGGUGUCCCUACAUAUUCUCCCACCACAAACACGACUCUGGCUGGUCUGGACCCUUGGAACAUGAUAGAGAAACUUGGGAUUUGGCAGUGAUUCUGCGACAGAAACAGCUUCCGAAUCACCAAGAGAUAUUGAAGCUGAUACUACCGAUGCAGUGAAUGCAGCGAUCGCGGACUCGGUUCUGUACCGGAUUCCAUGUGGGGGUGCCAAGGACCACCUCCACGGCCUGGGCUUCGCUGUCCAAAUCAAUCCUACACUGUAAAAGUUCUUCAGCUUUCUUGUUGGUGCGGGGGAUGCUCUCGUUGCAGCCGCCCUCCUUGUUGGGUUCUCUCAACUGCUGGCUCCCGCCUUCCACUUGCCCUCAUUCUUUUCCCUCCUCUUAGUCGCUUCUGUGUAAGUAUCUUGGAAGAGAAUCGAGAUGCCCGUGUUCGUUCAUGAACAAACGGAGUCCAAUGGCGAAUGCAAGAUCUUCAGAAGAACACGCUAGAUAUCAAACAACAUUAUGGGGUACGGUAGGUAGGUAGGUAUCGUAGAUCUCUCGCAGCGUACAAUUUCGCAAGGUGCCGGCGGGGCGCGUAAUGUACGGCGUAUGUUAAAAUACCACUCCACGUCGAAACGACGUCUGACUCGAUUUGGAACGAGUGGGGACCCUUUCGCGCAAUUUAUUGCUGACUGUGCCAACAACUGGAGGCCAGGCGAGCUCGCCGUUUGCUGGGCUGGUCCGGCGGCCGUCGCACGUUGAGGAAAACCGCUCCCCGAGUCAUCUUGUGUUCCAGGCUGGAGGCAGAUAUUAAAGCACUCUGGCGGACUGACGGGAAUAGCCUUGCGGCUCCGAUGAAACGGCACGUCACGCAAAGCCUCGUCUCCGUCUGAUGAAGCGUUCCAGCGCUAGGUAGGCUGUGCGGUUGCUUGGCUGCCAGGCUGGGCGGAUAUGGAUCUCGUCGGAGAUGGUGGAGUUGACAGAUGGCACCCGACGGGUGUGGAAAAAGCCCGGGCCCCGGGACCCUGGAAGGUUGAGGCUAGCGUCCCGGGGCCAGCAUGUGGUUAUCUGUCAAUAAAGUAAGACCGCCGCAAUCCCGUACCGCUGAAUAAAAUUCUACUUGAUUCUCUGGUUGACUGCCUCUUCCCUCAAGCGACUGCCCCCUUUCUUCUUCUUCCUUUAUUUGUAUUCUCUUCACUCGAGCAGCCUCCCCGUCGAUCAGCCGCUUAACCCCUCCGCCUUGUCCCUCCCCUGAGACUUGUGCCUGUCUGCCGUCUGACAGCCACACGCUUGGAGGUCGGCGCUUGUUUGUCUCCCGUUGAAUUGGCGCUCUCGCCUGCGCCGAUCCGACACCGCAACCACUGGACGGCUAACGUUUGCCGUUUCCAAUCCGCCUGCCCCGAUCCGAUCGCAUCGGCGGCACCGCUCCUCCUUAACUUGAGGAGCUCUCCCCCGUUUCCGGCUCCCGGGACGGUCUCAGAAACACACCGAUAACACUCCUACGCCGUCAUCGAGCCCCCGUUCUGCAGUCCGUGAACCGUCGCCAUGGCUGAACUCGAUACGCUGGACAUUAUUGUCCUAGCCGCCAUCCUCUUGGGGACGGUGGCAUACUUCACCAAGGGCAAGCUUUGGGGCGUCGCCAAGGACCCAUAUGCCAGCUCUCUCGCGGCCGCCAGUGGCGCCAAGGCUGGAAAGACAAGAAACAUUCUGGAGAAGAUGGAGGAGUCUGGCAAGAACUGCAUUAUUUUCUAUGGAUCGCAAACUGGCACCGCUGAGGACUACGCCUCGAGACUCGCAAAGGAGGGCAAGAGCCGUUAUGGCCUCGAGACCAUGGUUGCCGACUUGGAGGACUACGACUACGACAAUCUCGAUGCCAUCCCUGAGGACAAGGUCGUCAUGUUUGUGCUUGCCACCUACGGUGAGGGCGAGCCCACUGACAACGCUGUUGACUUUUACGAGUUCAUCAACGGAGACUCCCCGCAAUUCACUUUGGACAACGAACCCGCUCUUGGCAACCUGAACUACGUCGCUUUCGGUCUUGGCAACAACACUUAUGAGCACUACAACAUCAUGGUUCGCAACGUGGACAAGGCCCUUCAGAAGCUGGGUGCCCACCGCAUUGGUCAGGCUGGCGAGGGCGACGAUGGCGCUGGCACCAUGGAAGAGGAUUUCUUGGCUUGGAAGGACCCUAUGUGGAAGGCUCUCGCUGAGAAGAUGGGUCUUGAGGAGCGCGAGGCUGUUUAUGAGCCCGUAUUUGGUAUCGUUGAACGUGACACUCUUACUGCCGAGUCCCCUGAGGUCUACCUUGGUGAGCCUAACAAGACCCACCUCGAUGGUACCCCCAAGGGCCCCUUCAACGCGCACAACCCCUACAUCGCCCCUAUCGCCGAAUCCUACGAGUUGUUCAACGUCAAGGACCGCAACUGCCUUCACAUGGAAGUCGACAUCAGCGCCUCCAAUCUCAGCUACCAGACUGGUGACCAUCUCGCUGUUUGGCCCACCAACCCUGGCGAGGAGGUCGACCGGUUCCUCAAUGUCUUGGGUCUCACUGAAAAGCGCAAGGAUGUUAUCUCUGUCAAGGCCCUGGAACCCACCGCCAAGGUCCCCUUCCCGACCCCCACCACCUUCGAUGCCAUUGUUCGCUACCACAUGGAAAUCUGCGCUCCUGUCUCUCGUCAAUUUCUCGCUACUCUUGCCCCCUUCGCUCCCGACGAGGCUUCCAAGGCUGAGAUGACCAAGCUCGGUGGUGACAAGGACUACUUCCACGACAAGAUCAACGUUCAUCAUCUCAACAUCGGCCGCGUUCUGGAAAUUGUUGGCAAGGGUCAGAAGUGGUCCAACGUCCCCUUUUCCGCUUUCAUUGAGGGCAUCACCAAGCUGCAACCCCGUUACUACUCCAUCUCGUCCUCUUCCCUUGAGCAACCCAAGAAGAUUUCUAUCACCUGCGUCGUCGAGGAGCAGAAGCUCCCCGGUCGUGAAGAUCCUUUCCGCGGUGUCUCUACCAAUUACCUCUUGGCUCUCAAGCAGAAGCAGAACGGCGACCCCAACCCCAGCCCCUAUGGUUUGACUUACGAGAUCACUGGUCCCCGCAACAAGUACGAUGGUAUCCACGUCCCCGUCCACGUCCGCCAUUCCAACUUCAAGCUGCCCUCGGAUCCCCUCAAGCCUGUCAUUAUGGUUGGUCCUGGUACCGGUGUUGCUCCUUUCAGAGGUUUCGUACGUGAACGCAGAAAGAUGGUUGAGAACGGUCAGACCGUUGGUAAGACCAUAUUGUUCUUUGGCUGCCGCAAGUCCACCGAGGACUUCUUGUACUCCAAGGAGUGGGAGGAGGCCAAGCAGGUCAUGGGAGACAGCUUCGAAAUUGUUACUGCCUUCUCUCGCGAGAGCAACAAGAAGGUCUAUGUCCAGCACCGGCUGAAGGAAAGGUCCAAGGAGAUCAACGAGCUCCUUGAGAAGAAGGCUUACUUCUAUGUUUGCGGUGACGCCGCCAACAUGGCCCGUGAGGUACACAAUGUGCUGGGCCAGAUCAUUUCUGAGGAGAGGGGUGUCCCAGAGGCCAAGGCUGAGGACAUCGUGAAGAACAUGAGGGCUUCCAACCAGUACCAGGAGGACGUCUGGUCAUGAGCACAAAUCAAAUACGGGAGGUGACGGGUGGUGUGUUUUGUUUUGAUCUCAUUGAUUUAGGGGGUCUAUUUUUUUGACUGGCUGGCUAGGGCUGGAAUGGGCUGGGAAAGAAAGGGUGGCAAACACGAUUUAGCAGGGCGCUAAAAGGCUGGUUGUCAAAUUUGUAUAGCGAUUUUCCAUUGCAAACUUUCUUCAUCACACGCACACACACACCACAUUGACACACACACAUUACAUGCAUGGAAUAUAGAAUGGAUCGGGUGGGCGGGGAGCACACUAUGAUAUAUCAGGCUCCAAAGGACAAAUUCAUUUUGGGGUGUGUGGAGGUUGGGUUGGGUUGGGUGUUUUUUUCUUUUUGGGAAGGAAGAUUUUUCUCAUCUGUCCAUAUCUAUAUAUUUUUGCACAGCACCUUUGUUACGUGG